UUUCACAAUUGACAAUUCACAGACUUGGUGAAAAAUUUUCAACUCUGAAAAUUCUCCCGCCAAGAGCGAAAAUGAAAGAUCACACUCCACAGAAAGAAGAUCUAGCGAAUCGCAGGUCCAGAGAUUCUCCAUUGAAGAAGCCUCAAAAGAUUCCUAAGAAAAGGUUGAACGCUGUAUUUCCCUUGGUUUCUGAAGAAAUCUCGCCUGAGACCGUCAAGGAUUUGAGUGAUUUCUAUUCGAUUUCGGAGCUCUCUGACGCUGACUAUAGCAGUCAAAUAUCACCAAGCUCUGUUUUGGCGCUCAGUCCGGCUCUUUCAGCUGCAACAGAAACAUUCCCUCUCUCUGACGUUGCUUCGGCUUCAAAGAUUCCAACAACUUCAGAUGAGCCAGACAAUGUGUCUGUGGAGCGUUGCGGAUUCCACAAACCAGACGGUUCACUGGAGUUUGAUAUUGUGGCAGAAUAUCUAAAACAAGCGCGAACUCAGGUCUUGAAAUCAGCCAAUGUAGAUCAACAGUCCAAGAAGCUUCUAGAUGCAUUAGUCAAGGUAGUGCUAGAUGAGUGCUAUGCUCUGCCUGAAGAGAGAGACUGGUACUCUGAAAUUCUUUCGGUCAAAGGUCGCAUCGCGUUCCUUUGUUUCUUGCUUUGGAGCUUUAUGGUGUCUGUGAUAUUCUUCUUUGUUAUGGGAUUGGACAACGGUUACAUUGGACCUUUACCAACUUGAAAUAUUGCAAGGAAGAGGGGUUAAAUGCAAGAAGUCUUACAACGAAAAGAGCAUGCCACAAAACGGAGAUGAUAUAGGGUUACUGAAACCAGCAGAAGACGUUCCAAUCCAUUCUUGAUCCUGUAUGUACAUGAAACCUUUGAUUCUGUUUGACCCUUGAUGCACCUGAAAUUCAAAUAUAAAUCAAGUCAGAAUUAAGUUUGGCAGCAAUUUAUGUUCUUUAACCUCUAUGCUAACCGUUGCUAAUUUCAUUUUAACGCCCGAUCUAAUUUUAUUAGUUUAACUUGAAGAAUUGUCACCACUCAGGACUUCUACCAGACUAAAAACUUAUGACAUUCUUGGAUCUAUUAUCAAGCAUUUACAUUUCUGCAGUGCUCUAGAGCCUGAAUCAGAGGCCUUUAACCACCUACUUAAAGACUGCCAUGUAGUGGAGUCGCUCAGAUUUAAGAAUUGAAUUUUAAUAGCUGUUAGAUAUCCACUUUCAAUAAUUUCCUCAUUUUAUGAUGCUGUUUUAUUUCUCCUGCU